AAAACAUGGAAGGUUGGCAAUUCUGCAGAUGACAGCUAGGGAAAAAAAAGUUUCGAUCAACCGUUUUUUCAAAUAUUAUAAAUGGAGCCGUGUCGAAUACAUGCGCACGAUGCGCUGUGCGUAGACUACGAUGUCCUCCCUAAAUAUAAAGGAAUAUUUGAAUGUUUUCUGGCUUGCUAUGAAUCCGAAGAUGAUGGACAGAAAGCGAUAGCAUUGAACUGUUUGAAAUUUCUGAGACUAGCAUGUGCCAUAGGUAAAAUCUACCAGAAUGAAAUAAUGUCUAUGGAAUAUUUUUUAUCCAAAAUCAAAAGUAUUCUGGAUAAUGAAGAAGUUCAUAAAAGUAUCAGAAAAAGCAGCCUUCUGUUGUUGGCAGUUUUAUGCAAAGAUAAUAGACCAAACCAGGAUCUCAUGUUCAAAGAAUUUAAAGAUUUCCUGCUGGAGAGUAUUAAAAGCAACACAAUCCACACAAGCGCUGCCACGUUAAUUAUGUACAACUCGUACACAUAUAUGUUUCCUAUUGGACCCAACGCACAAGAACUACUAGAAGUAAUUCUUUCCAAUAUAGAAAUGAAUAGGUUAUGCCAACAGGAAACCAACCUACGCGUCAGUAUAUUUCUGGAAUACCUGAUGUGUAAACGCAAUGAAAUUGUCGACGGGUAUAAGCGAAUUAGCUGUGAGAAAAAAGUUAUUUUUCUUCGAUUUAUGAAAGAAUAUGAGCAUGAAAAAGUCUGCCUUGAUCCUCCAUUACAUCCUGGUCUUUUCGAACAUCUGCUUGCUGAUUUCAAAAAUAAAUCCGACUGUGUACUGAAGACUGUCGACAGCUAUUUGGAUCAAGAGAAUACAGAGGAAAUGUUUACCCUGUUGAUGUUUAUAUCAGACGUAACUUUCCUCGAAUCAUACGAUUCCUUUUUACGAACGGAUAGCGCGUUGUUCUUGAACAUGGGAUGUCUGCUCUAUCAACUGGAAUACAUUGAAAAAAACAAAAACGCUAAUAUUUUCACUUCUGUGCAAAAAAUUGAGGAAAUUGUGAACAUAAAAGAAGGCACCAGCGAUCUCAACAUUGAACAAGGCAAAUCGUUUUCGCUCAAAGCAUCGCUUGUGAAAGGAUUAGCAAACUUAGCCUAUAAGAACGAAAAAAAUCAAAACCUAGCCCGCGAAACGGGGAUCAUAACCACCAUCCUAGAGUGUAUAAAUUCAGAUGCAAGUAAUCCGCUAGUUAAGGAAUGGAGUAUCCUGGCUAUUCGUAACUUAUGCGAUACCAAUUCAGAGAAUCAAAAAUUCGUCACAUCUUUAACGAAGGUCGGUGAUGCGGAAAGUACGUCAGUAACCGAUUCUACCAGUGGACGAAAGAUAUAUUGGAUCGACUUUGAUUCUUCAACAUAGAAAACAAAAUGGAAUUAGUGAAUUAUUUAUUCAUUGGUUUUGUCCAAUGUAAUAUGUAUUGUUGAAAUUGUAGAAAUUGGAGCGAUUUAUUUUAGCCAGUCACGUCUACGAUAGUUUUG